CUAAACAAUAUGGACAGUGCAAUUUUGCAUGACUUCAAAGCCCUUAGAAUAAUGUCUUGUGUUUCUGUGCACUGUUACAUUUUGCAAUACUCUUGAUGACCCCUUCUCUACAACCCUCCAGCUCAAAAGCACCAGAACUGAGAGUAAUAAUUGGCAGAACCCUACGGACACAACAAGGUGACGAGGAGCAGGAAUUUACUGUGGAUGAAUUGCAUCUCCAUCCUGAGUUUGAUUCCGACACCUAUGAUAAUGACAUUGCUCUUCUUAAUCUACACUCUACAUCAGGAUCCUGCGCCAAGGAGACAGAAAGCACCCGGCCUGCGUGUAUUCCUGAUUUAGGGCUGACCUUACCAGACUGGACCGAGUGUGAGAUAUCUGGGUAUGGAAAACCCAACGAAUGUAAGAAGUCUUUCUUGCUGACCCACCUAUAUUCUCUUCUGACAUUUUCAAUACUGUAUUCUGACCAAUUGAAGGAGGGCCAUGUGAGACUGUAUCCUUACAGUAUGUGCAUCUCAGAGCAUCUCUCUGAUCACAUAGUCACGAAGAACAUGCUGUUUGCCGGGGACACACGGAACCUGGAUGAUGCUUGCAAGGUGAAUGUACAACAAAAGAAGCUUUAG